AUGGCUAAACGCAAAGCUGGGAAGCCCGAGACUAGUGCAGCCGUUAAAAAGCCACGUGUGAGUGAGACGGCCAGCCAGCCUGGCCCGCCUACGGGCUUGGGAAGUACUCUGUACGUACACAACCUCAAUGAUCAAGUGUCCAUAGGCGACCUGCGCCACACCCUGUACAUGUUAUUUUCUAUUUAUGGUCACAUUGUUUCUGUGAAUGCCCACAAAUCGCCCAAGAUGCGUGGCCAGGCCCACAUAGUCUAUGCCCGCGAGGAAUGUGCUGCGCGGGCCCUGGCCAAACUGCAAGAGCGUCCUGUUUUCGGCAAACCUUUAAAGAUCAGCUAUGCGAAAGCACGCUCGCACAUUUUAGAUAAACUAGAGAGCAAACUAGAGAGCUAG